AUGCUGUGCUUGAGGAACGUGGUUGGACCUCCAAAAUCACUUACUGUUCAAGGCAACAAUGGAAACGGGCAUGAUUCUUCAUUGCCGUCGUUUCCAGCCGUAGAGUACAGAUGCAGUGCAGAGCUUGGAGACAUGUGCCAGGUCGUGCCGUCAUAUGCGGAGAGGGCGAGCGACGACGACAUCCGUCUAAACUUGCCAAAUGCACGACCGCGGACUGCCGUCCUUCUCUGUGGCAAGCAGCAAUGA